AUGUCCAAACGCAAGCAGACUGAUUCUGACAGUGGCAGUGACAACGAUGGCGAAAAUCUCAUCAACAUCGACUUUGACUUUUUCGACCCGGAUCCCGAAGUCGAUUUUCAUGCACUCAAACGUCUGAUCGUACAGGUCUUCCAGACCGAUGCCGAGCAACUCCACCCGUCUGAUUUAGCCGACCUCAUCCUCUCGCAGCCACAAGUCGGCUCAACAGUAAAGACGGAUGGAAAAGAGAGCGACCCUUACGCUAUUCUGACAGCGCUCAAUAUACAUGAGCACAAACACAAUGCAUCUAUUAAAGCCCUCGCAGAAUAUGCCCUCCUAAAAUCGCAAGGCGACCCAGCCUUCUCAGCGACACUCCAAUCACUCUUAGAAUCCUCUGACGCCUCGACCCGCGUUGGUCUUAUCUUCUCCGAGCGCCUAAUCAAUAUGCCUGUUCAAGUUGUGCCGCACAUGUACCGCAUGCUCAUCGACGAAUUACAGGCUGCUGUCACACAGAAUCAGUCAUAUGCAUUCUCCCAUCUGCUCUUCUUCUCACGGAUAUAUCGUUUGUCCUCGGAAGAAGAGGUGGCACUAAAUGCACAGUCUACCCCUUCUCAGAAUAAAAGGCGCCGCGCGCAACAGACACAUCUACAGAGCCCAACGAACGGCGUUUAUUCGUUUCACCACGAGGACCCCAUCAUUAAAAAGUUAGCACAACACUCCGUUGAUUACGAAUUUACCCAUGCUCAACCAAGGGAAGAGGACUCUUUCGGACUGGACUUGGGAGGGCGGAUGAUGUUACUGUCUGCAGAUAGAUUGCCACAAUUGGUCCACGAGAUGACCGAGGCGUUCUCAAGCUAA